AUGGGCGGCCACCACAGCAGAGGACCGGCGCCGGGAGGCGAGCACUCGGGGCCCGCGGGCGGCGCAGCGCCGGGCCCGGUGCUCGCCGCGGCCCUGCGGCAGGUGCAGCUGCUGCCGUGCUGCUGCGGGGCGCGGCGGGGCGCGGGCCAGGCGGCCGGAGGUAAGGAGCAGCUCGAGUUUAUGUUGGAGGUCGAGGGCAGCGAGGGCGAGAAGGUCUUCAAGAGUCUCUACGUCGCUGGGGAGAAGAUCGGCGAUUUGAUGCCUCCUCUCUUGGAGUGA